AUGCCAAAACCUUCUUUUUCGGAGAAUUGCCCGCCUACACGCUACAACGUUGCCGACGACGCUACGCGCGACGUUCCUGACAAUUUCACGCGGGAACACAGGUGGUUCAACGGACCAGAGUUCCUCCGCGACCCGCCCGAACUAUGGCCUGCGGAGGAAACACAGCUGAGCACCGACACGGGUGAGGAAAGAGUGAACACUGUUACAGAGCGUCGGGAGAAACAGUACAAGGAAGUCCUGCCCGACGUGAAUCGAUUCUCAAAUUGGAAUCGCUACGUUAGAGCUGCCGCCCGCGUACUACAAGCAGUACAAUACUUCAAACAACGCGUCAACACGGUCCAUUACAAGAGGACCAAGGCGGCCGCAAGCGAGAAUCCGGAUUGGAGGCACAACGAAGCCGUGAAAAGUGCGGCGAAACGAGUCGUGCAAGCACCGGAGGAGCGAUUCGUGACGCUCCCAGCCGAGUUGCAAGAAGAGGCCGAGCGCAUAAUCAUAAAGGCGAGUCAGGAGGCCGCCUUCGAGGAAGAACUACGCUCACUCGAAAAAGGAAAACCCGUGUCAAAGGAAAGCAGGUUGCGUGGAGAGCGUCGUCAAUUACUGUCGGCAGCACAAAUGGUCAUUCGACUGCGCCCGACGGUCAAGGCGGUGGUCAGGAGCUGCUUCAAGUGCCGCCAGAGGGCGGCCACUCCACCGCAACCGAUAACGGGAGACUUGCCUCCCUGUCGACUGGCGCAUCAUCACCGGCCGUUUACAUACACCGGUUUGGAUUAUUUCGGCCCGCUCACAGUCACCGUGGGCCGGAAGUGGGCCGGUAGUCAAAAAAGAAAGGAGCUGCGCAACACCCUCCUCGCUGGCGCCGAACAAGAGGCGUCGCGGAGGGCGAUUAGAUGGCGUUUCAUCCCUCCGGGCGCACCAUUCAUGGGUGGCGCCUGGGAACGACUCGUGCGGUCGGUCAAGACCGCGCUGACGACGGUGCUUCACGAGCAGAGGCCACAUGAAGAGACGCUGUCGACGCUACUCGCCGAGGUGGAGUUUACAGUCAACAGCCGCCCACUGACUCAUGUGUCGGUGAACCCCGAAGAUCCGGAGGCCCUGACGCCUAACCACUUUCUGUUGGGCUGUCAGGGCCACUCGCCGCACCUAAUUUUCCAGCCGAACACGGCUACGGCACACAUGCCGACCUUCGAGCGUCGCAGCAGCUGGCCGACGCGUUCUGGACCCGCUGGCUACGAGAGUACCUUCCCGAGCUCCGCAACCGGCGGGAGCCCCGCAGCAAGGGACCAGAGCUACACAUCGGCGACGUCGUGCGCAUCGUGGACGGGACGCUCCCACGGAACACUUGGGUGCGUGGCCGCAUCUGUGCUACGCAUCCGGGACCUGACGGCGUGA